UACUUCAACUCUUUUUUAUCUACGAUUGCUUUCUACCCUAUAAGCUAUGCCUACCGCAGAUAUCAAGAACAUUGUUAUUAUUGGUGGCUCAUGUGCAGCUAUUGGCAGUGCAGUGACUUGGAGGGACGCUCCUCUGCCUUCCCAUCGUCUCAUCAUUAUUGAACAGAAGAGUCACUUCCACCACGUCUAUGCUUUUCCUCGUGCGGCCGUUAAGUCUGGUUUUGAAGACUCCUUGUUUGUACCUUACGAUAACAUGUUCAACAAGGACAACAAGGUCGGCCAGGUCAUCCGUGCAAAGGCUAUUGCCAUACAUCCCAACAAGGUUGAACUCGACCGCGAAGUAGAGGGAUUUGGGUCUUUCGUACCAUUCUCACAUUUGAUCUACGCUGCUGGUACAAGUAUCCCUGCUCCCGGUCAUUUUGAAGCAUACGAUAAAGCCAAAGGAGUAGGAUACUUGCAGGUGUAUCAAGAUUUGAUACGGCAGAGUCAGAAACCCGUCAUUAUUGGAGGUGGUGCUGUUGGUCUAGAACUGGCUGCAGAGAUUAAAGAUUACUAUCCAGAAAAAGAGGUGACGCUGAUUCAUUCUCGCGAUCAAUAUCUUGCCCCAUAUAAGUAUAGUCUCCAUCAAAUGACCUACAAUUUACUCAAGAAUAAGCUUGGUGUGCGUCAAAUUAUGAGAGAUCGCGUCAACCUUCCAGAGAAUGGUUUCCCAUUGGAGGUGAAACCACUUGUCAUCCAGACAAAGAAGGGGCGUACUAUCGAGGCGGAUCUUGCAAUUACAUGUAUUGGAAUGUCCCCCAAUAGCGAUCUGUUAUCUAAGCUAUCUGAGCAGACCAUCAAUUCUGCAACUAAGUUUAUUCAGGUUCAGCCCACAUUGCAAAUUCGUGAUGAACGAUAUCCUCACAUCUAUGCUGUGGGUGAUGUAAUUGAAAGCACCGAUAUUAAGACCGGUCACUAUGCUUGGCUACAGAGCAUUGCAGCUCUCCGAAACAUCAUGAAGGACAUCAAGGGAGAGGGUGGUCCAGAACCUUAUGUCAGCAAAGACAUCCCCCUCAUCAAGAUUUCACUUGGCCACAAAAAGGCAGUUAUGCAGACAAAUUGUUUGGGGCCCUUGAUCACUCUGGGAUCUUGUUUUGUAGGCAACAGUGUUCCGGAUAAUCUAUAUGCUGAUUACUCGUGGCUAUGGCUGAACGCUAAACCAGAGGAUGACGCGCAAUAUAGUCAACAAUAAUUUGUAAAUGUACUCUAGACGAAACCCAUGUAUUCCUAUAACUUCCAAUAUCCCCUCCCUUUACCUCUUUCUUUGAACUGAGGACAUCACAGCCAAGCCUAGACUGCAGAGCACGGCAUAGUAUUAAUAGAAUUUGCAAUAUGUAUCCGGAAUACAUAGGCAGACGCAUCAUCAAAACAAGUUUCAUCAUAAUUUUUAGUUUAUUGGAGUGAAUAGAUACCAAAAUGGCGUAUAGAUAUAUUUACAUGUCUUUCCUGUAAAGACAAGCGGUAAACGCUGCACUGUUUUUUUUUCUUCAUUUCAUUCUCGCGAGCUCUCCAAGUCUCUAAGGGGUACAAAACGACCUCGGGAGUUGUAUUUGGUGGUGAA